AUGGCACCAAAAUGGAAUAAGGGUCGUCAAAUAAUUCUCAUUGAGAAGAUUGAAAAUAGUAGUAAGCGCUCAGUAACUUUCUCUAAGAGAAAGUUUGACGCUUUUAAGAAGGCAAAUGAGCUCUCAAAUCUAUGUGAAAGCGAUGUUGCAAUAAUCAUAUUCAGUGGAGGAGGAAAAGCUUUCUCUUAUGGCAACCCUAAUGUAUAUGCCAUAUUUGAUCAAUUCGUGCAUGCCAAUUCUCAGAGAGCACUUAACUCCGCAUCCCAUGAAUUUCUUGAGACACAAGAUUUCACGUGUGUUCGAGAGAUGGAUGCUCGAAUAAUAGAGGCGGGAGAUAAUUUCAAACUUGAGCAAGAAAGGCAAAAAAAUGUUGUCAUUGAAGAUGGCUAA